CAACAGGAGCAAAUGCACGACAAGCUAAAACCCCACCACUCGUUUUCCCCUUUCCACUGAGCAAGACUUGUGUGGACAACCUUGCGAGCAUACCAAGGCACAGAACACACCUCGCAGGCUGCAGCCACCCACGCCUAAGGAAAAAUGGAGAACUGGCUUUUGGCUUUUCUACUCCUCCUGGCAAUGCCGAUUGAAGCAGCAUAUGUCGGCGGUGGAGUCGGCAUCGGGAUGGGCGGCGGUGAUGCUGGAGUUGGCAGUGGGCGUGGAGGCAGAGCGGGCAGUGUCUGGAUUGGUGGAGGGAUCAACGCCCCAGCUCCAUCAGGUUCAAGGCUGAGCAAUGCCUACACAGCUCUUCAGGCAUGGAAAUCAGCCGUCACCGAUGAUCCAAACAAGAUUAUGGAGACUUGGGUUGGUUCUGAUGUGUGCUCGUACAAGGGAGUGUUCUGCUCAGAUCCCCAAGAUGGAAUGGGUCCUUUAGUUGCAGGCAUAGAUCUCAACAAGGCAAAUGUUCAGGGAACUCUUGUCAAAGAGCUGUCUUUGCUCACUGACAUGACCCUCCUCCACCUCAACAGCAACAGAUUCUCAGGCUCGGUCCCCAACACUCUCAGAGAUCUCUCCUCUCUCCAAGAGCUAGACCUCAGUAAUAAUCAGUUCUCAGGCACUUUUCCUGCAGUUGUUCUUGAAAUGCCAAAUCUCAUUUACUUAGACCUCAGAUUUAACAGCUUCUCCGGCCCAAUACCAGAAGACCUUUUCAACAGGAAACUUGAUGCCAUAUUUGUCAACAACAACAACUUUGAAGGUGAGCUUCCUCAGAACCUAGGCAAUUCUCAAGCUUCAGUGAUCAAUUUGGCCAAUAACAAGUUCAGCGGAAGCAUCCCGGCUAGCUUUGGUCUGAUGGCCUCCAAACUGAAGGAGAUUCUUUUUCUGAAUAACCAGUUAUCAGGAUGCAUUCCUCAGGGAAUCGGGUUGUUCACAGAGAUGAAAGUCUUCGAUGUGAGCUACAAUUCAUUGAUAGGUCAUUUGCCCGAUACGCUUUCUUGCUUGAGCCAGGUCGAAGUCCUGAACUUGGGGCACAACAAGCUAUCGGGGGAAUUACCCGACCUGGUCUGUUCACUCAAAAGCCUCAUGAACUUGACAGUGGCCUACAAUUUCCUGUCUGAGUUGAGCCAGGAAUGCACGAAGCUGUUCUUUAGGAGCGUGGGCUUCGAUUUCUCGGUCAACUGUAUUCCUAAUAAGGACAUGCAGAGGCCUCAACCAGAGUGUUCUUCCACACCAGGAGGAGGGCCGAGUUGUCUAAGAAUACCUUCGGUGCAGCCACAUGUUUGUGGCACGAUGGCUGUUCUCUCUGGGACAGCUUCAGAUCUGACCUCCAUGUCACCAUGAGCUGUGAGUUGGUUAUGGCUGUCUGCAAUUAAUGAGUGUCAUGAUUCAGAGCAUACUGUCUUAAUUUUCUGAUACAAUAGUUUUCGUGGGAGCUGUACUGGAUAAGAUAUGUCUUGAAAUUAACGGGGUUUUGUGAGCCUAUAGGUUAUAUAUGUGUAAGUACACCACGUUAAAUAUUUAUUGACUGGGAAAGGCAGUUAAAUAAUCACAACUUGCAUUUGUCAAAA